AGGCGCCCGGCCCCGCGAGCCGCGAGCCGCCGAGGCCCCACGGCGCGGGCGGCCAGGGCGGCGGCGACGACGGGGUGGGGGGCGCGGGGGCCUCCCUGAUGCUUGGAGCAGAAAGAAGGCGCUGGUGGCUGGCAUCACCUUGGAGAGGAGCUGAAGACUAGCCAGAUAAAAAGCACUGAACAAAUGCUGGUUCCAAAUCCCUGGCAGGGAUCAGAACACCUCUGCUGUGCUGAAAGCCGAGCCAAGCACAGAUCAGGAGCGGGCAGUUAUAGGAGCUGCUGUCAGUUUCUGUCUAGUUGUACAAUGUCCUUUCAUUCGGGACACCAGAUAUACCUUUUCAAAUUUAGUGGUCCAAGUCGUGGUGUCAGAAUCGCUGUAGACACAAGUGCCCCCUGAGGUGGGCGCCUCGUCCCUGUCAACUGCACACCUAAUGCAGUGCACACAACCGUCACCAGGAAACGCUGCGGCCAGGGCACUGCUGACCUGCUUGCUGACUCACGUGUGGUUCUUAAGUGUCUUUUCGGAAUGCUCAGAGGCUCCUCUCAAGUUUCCUUGCAAAGAACCCUCACAAGGGUGCUGCCUGCAAAUGGCCUGCAUUUCUCAUUUGUACCAGUAGGUUAAAGAAGGAAUCCUCAAAGCCCAGCAGCUGAACAACUGGUUCAUUAGUGCAUUUAGCGCAAAGCACGGGCUCAGAGGCCUCCUGCGCAGGAGCCCAGGAGGGGGGAGGUUCCGGCCAGUGAUGAGCGGCCGCGUCCCGCUGGCAGAGAAAGCCCUGUCCGAAGGCUACGCCCGGCUCCGGUACCGGGACACCUCCCUGCUCAUCUGGCAACAGCAGCAGCAGAAGUUGGCAUCUGUGCCGCCCGGGACGUACCUGAGCAGGAGCCGAAGCAUGUGGUACUCACAGUAUGGAAAUGAGGCCAUCCUUGUCCGGGACAAAAACAAGCUGGACGUCUCCCGGGACACGGGGCAAUCCAAGUUUUGCUCUGUUAUGUAAUUCUGGUGUGAAAACCUGAGCCCAGGCACCCAGCCGCGUUGCUAAUCCCUAGUCCUUACUGGGAGAUCCUGAACAGUGAACGUGAAGGUUGAGCUGUGGUAGAAGAACCCCAAAAUCCCAGAGCUGGCACCCUGGCCCAUUCGCAGUCGGGCUGAUGGGUGGACUUGGCUCCUGGACUCCAUUCUGAUCUUGCAGGCGCUGUAGGCACAGGCCAGGUCCGGGGCCCGGCUAGAUGCUGUUUUGGUUAUGCUUCCGAAUAAGUCAAGCGAGAGGGACACCCCGGUUACAGACAACCUCUUCACAUUCUUACAGGCUGCCUUUAGGAUUCCCUUCUGCCUGGUAAAGAAUGGGUCAGAUCUAGAAAAAGGUGAAGGAAUUGGCAUCAUGUCGGGUCGCAGAUCCAUGUGCGGGACCAAGAUGGAUUCACCCUAAAUGGUCAUCGGCAGCAGCAUUUCAGCAGGGACUUUGUGGCACUUGAGUUUUGAGUCUAGUAACCAAAAUGAUCACUGCGUGUGAUGCACUGUGAUGGCUCCUACACUAGCUUCCUGAUGCUGGAGGCUUGUGGGGCAAAGGCAUCCCCAAAACAUUAAGGAAACCCCCAAAUUAUUAAGUUACACAAAAGUUGCUAAUAGUGAUUUCAAAUUUAAUCACAGGGCUGAAAUGGGCAGGUUCUCAGCUGACAGUGGUUCAGCCUCGGCCCACCUGUGUGGGCAGCUUUAUGAGUCUUUUUUUUUUUUUUAAGUUUUGGGUUUUUUUGUUUUUUGUUUUUUGUUUUUAAUUUUAUUUAUUUAUGGCUGUGUUGGGUCUUCGUUUCUGUGCGAGGGCUUUCUCUAGUUGCGGCAAGCGGGGGCCACUCUUCAUCGCGAUGCGCGGGCCUCUCACUGUCGCGGCCUCUCUUGUUGCGGAGCACAGGCUCCAGACGCACAGGCUCAGCAAUUGUGGCUCACGGGCCUAGUCGCUCCGCGGCAUGUGGGAUCUUCCCAGACCAGGGCUCGAACCCGUGUCCCCCCGCAUUGGCAGGCAGAUUCUCAACCACUGCGCCACCAGGGAAGCCCUAUGAGUCAUUUUUAAAGGAUUUGCUGUCUACUGUAAUUAAGGUCUGUGUGGUGAGGCAAACGUGGCAGUGUCUUUUCUCAAAGACACUUUUGUCAAAGCUAAGUUUUCUUUUCUAAAUAAAUCUCCUUUAGGAGCCGC